UCCUUCGACUGAAAUUUCAUCAUACGUCAAUAUUGUUUGUACGUGGAUAUACCCUCCUUACGUCACAUUGUUAUUGUAUAUCCCUCCGCGCGCCACGGCUAUCAUUAGCAUCGUUUGUUGUUGUCGUGCGCGGUUUGUCAGCGAUUUUCUAUCCUCCGAGCUUUGAACGAGCGAGCGACCGACUUGUUGUCUGUCAUCUCUCGUAAAGAUGAAGUUCCAGUAUAAAGAAGAGCACCCUUUUGAGAAAAGGCGGUCCGAAGGCGAGAAGAUUCGGAAGAAGUAUCCGGACAGGGUUCCCGUCAUCGUGGAGAAAGCCCCCAAAGCCAGAAUAGGUGAUCUGGACAAGAAGAAGUAUCUCGUCCCCUCCGACUUGACAGUGGGCCAGUUUUAUUUCCUCAUCCGGAAAAGAAUCCACUUGCGAGCCGAGGACGCCCUUUUCUUCUUUGUAAACAACGUCAUUCCGCCCACUUCGGCUACUAUGGGACUCUUGUACCAGGAGCACCACGAAGAGGAUUUCUUCCUCUACAUUGCCUACAGCGACGAGAGCGUUUACGGGAGCAGCCAAAGGAAAAUGUGAUUCCGCCCGCCCUUCCCCGCUCGCUUCCCCGCACGCGUACAUACAUCCAUUGGGAAUAUUUAAUCUAGCUCAGCAGUUUGGAGUUCACAGAGCAAAAUGGCGUCAGAUGCACUUUCACCGCCCGUUCAGCUCCGUUUAGUCUCACCUUGUAUCCAUUUCUCUGCUACGGAACUAUUAUAUUGACGAAGAGUCAUUGUGGUUAUUGUUCAUUUUAGGUGGCUUUAUUUACUGUAUUGUGAAGCCGAGUGCAAUUUUUUCCCCCCUUUUUUUUUUUUAUUUUUAAAAAAAGAA